AUGUCAUUUGUGGGCAAUAUUCAUAUGAGCCACACAUCUUGGUUUGAAGAGAAGACAGCGACAGCCGGCCUCGUUGCCGGAUUCUUUGGGGGUCUGGCACUUGGUUGGAUUUUCAGCUCAUCUGUAUUUUUGAAUAAUAGUGUUAAAGUUGUUUCGAAUGCGUUUGAUUUUGAAAAGGAUCAAUCUUUAGAUGAAAAAUGUGUUGAUCCUGGCUCGUCUGAUGCUGAAGGAGAAUACAAACUCGUACUUGUUGUUAGAAAUGAUCUGAAAAUGGGCCACGGAAAAAUAGCAGCACAAUGCUCUCAUGCGACGCUUGCAUGCUUUCAAAAAGCAUGUGAAAAAAUACCCGAUGUCGUUGAUACAUGGUUUUUUGGUGGUCAAGCAAAGGUUGUUUGUAAAUGUGAAUCAGACGAUGAUUUAGAACAGUUACGUCGUCAAGCUAAAUUUAAAGGUUUAACAGCUUGUUUGGUGCGCGAUGUCGGUCAAACAAAAGUUGAUGCUGGCCGUAGAACAGUAUUGGGUAUUGGACCAGCACCAUCGCGAUUAAUCAAUGACAUAAUUCGUCAGUUGAAAAUAUAUUAA